AUGGCCGACCAACACAACGACGAUCUCGCUGCCACCAAGACUGAGGGUUUCAAGGUCGGUGAGAAGAAGACUCUCCAGGAAUACCAGGAGCUUGACAAGGAGGAUGAGGCCAUGAACCGCUGGAAGGCCUCGCUGGGUCUCAAUGCCGGAGAACCUAUCGGCCAGCCCGGCGACCCUAAGUGUGUCAUCAAGUCCCUGGCCCUCGUUGUCGCCGGUCGUUCCGACGUCGUGAUCGACCUUUCCACCGAGGAAUCCGUCAAGACCCUUAAGGAAAAGCCCUUCACCAUCAAGGAGGGGGCCAAGUUCAACAUCAAGGUUACCUUCCAGGUCAACCACGAGGUUCUUAGUGGUCUCAAGUACGUCCACGCCGUGAAGCGCAAGGGUAUCCGCGUUAGCAAGGAUGAGGAGAUGCUGGGCAGUUAUGCCCCCAGCACUACCGUGAAGCCGAUCUAUUCAAAGGAGUUCCAGGAGGAGGAGGCCCCCUCCGGCAUGAUCGCUCGUGGUCACUACAAUGCCACCUCCCGCUUCGUCGAUGACGAUGACCACACUUUCUUGCAGUUCGAAUGGUCUUUCGAUAUCACCAAGGACUGGUAA